UUUACAUGAAAGCGGUCGAAUCCACGUGCCGUCUCUAUUUCCAUUUUCCAGUUCCUCUCUUCCAUUCUCUUCUCCACCGCCGUUUCCUCCCACUUUCUCUCACUUUCCCGGGAAAACCAAAAUUCUCACUGCACUCUCUUCCCGUUACUCAUUAUUAUUCAAUUGCCAAAAACAACCUCGCAAAUUCAAUUCUAGCACAGAGAGAGAGAGUGUGUAAGAGAAGAUUCACACAACGAUCAUCCAUAAAUCCUGAUUUCUUGGGGUUCAACGCGGAUUGUUUGUCCUCUUUCGAAUUCUAAUUCAACCGACUUCAUCAUCUUCUCAUCACUCUCCAUCACUCACACUUCACCCUGCAACUUCCUGGUACUUUCUCUCAAUUUCCCCUCAUUUUCCUCAAUUUCACUAGGGUUUCUCAAUUCCAGGAUUAACCACCAACCUCAAUGUGUCAAUUUCCAUUGCUUCUCAAACCCUAAGGUUUUCUCUCCGAUUCGAUUGAUUUUGUGAUUUCGGUUUUUUUUUUUCAAAUAGAAUUUGGUCAUGGCGUUAGAUCUAAAUUCCAACUCUAAUGAUAUGCGGCAACCACCCCGAAGUGUGCCGGAAGAGCCGCUCGUUUUGCCGCCGAGUACCGCGGCGGUGAAUGGGGCUAACGGUGUGGUGCCUGUUUUCUACACUGCGACUGUCUCUGAUGCUAGCUUGGUUGGCAUGGGGUAUGGAAAUGUGGCGAAUUCUGCUGCUGCUGCUGCUGCUACCUGGUGUGUUCGCCCUGCUGUGCCGGUUCGUAAUCCUACUAUGAACCCCGCGGUUGGGUUCAGUCAAUUUCCUAGUUUUUCAAAUCGGGUUGCUGGUGGCAAUGCUGUUGAUUUUUCGGGUAGCUUUGUGGCGGCUGCUCAUGGGUUUCCUCUGAAUCUGGGUAACUGGGUUGCAGGUAAUGCCUUGGAUAGUAGUACUAGUAAUACCCUGCAGGGCAAUUGCAGGUUCGUUGGCAAUGCUAGUGAUCAUGCUGGCGGCGCUGGGUUGGCUGGGGUUGGCUCGAAUUCCACUGCGAGCCAGCGGGCUGAUCAGCCGAGUGAGGAGGGUGGCGGGGAUGACUCUGUGUCGGGGCGGAAGUUGAAGUUUAUGUGUAGUUAUGGUGGGAAGAUUUUGCCCAGACCUAGUGAUGGAACGUUGAGAUAUGUUGGAGGGCAGACGAGGAUUAUCAGUGUUAAGAAAGAUGUGAGCUUUAAUGAUUUAGUGCGAAAGAUGGUGGAUACUUUUGGGCAGCCUGUGGUUAUCAAAUAUCAGCUCCCUGAUGAGGAACUUGAUGCAUUGGUCUCGGUUUCCUGCCCUGAGGAUCUGGAGAAUAUGAUGGAGGAGUAUGAAAGGUUAAUUGAGAGGUGUCCUGAUGGUUCUCCUAAAUUAAGGGUGUUUCUAUUUUCUGCUUCAGAAAUUGAUCCUUCUGGUGUGGUACAGUUUGUAAAUUUACAAGAUAGUGGGCAGAGGUAUGUUGAAGCUGUGAAUGGAAUUACCGAUGGGAUUAGUAGUAAACUCACUAGGAAAGCAAGUAUUACAAGUGCAGCUUCUACACAGAAUUCUGAUUUGAGUGGAAUUGAGGCUCUUGAUAGCUCAUAUACUGCCCAAGGGGAUGUCAGUGGGGCACCUUUGUCUAGUGCUUUAUCACCUGAGGGGAAUAUCACCACCUCUCACGAUGCUACUGCAAAUCUUGUGGUUCCUGAGCCUGCUGCGUCAACUUACUCAGAUGCUUCUGCGGCUUCAUUGGGCACACCAGUGACUAAUUCUGCUCCAACUCACAAUCCACCUUUCCAGAAUGAGCUUGAGUUAAAAAAGUCUGUACCUAUUACUUUAUCCCAGCAGCAAUUUGGGCUGCAGCAGUCUGGAAUGGAAAUUCCUCCGCUUGCACCUCUGCAGCCUUUUGUUGAUCAUCGACCAGAAGUUAUGAACCAUGCAGAUUAUUUCCAGCUGCCUUUCCAUACGGGAUUCCAAAAUCCUCAGCUCUUAGGUAAGUCUGGGUCUAUCUACCCCCAACAUCAUUUUCAUGGUAGUAGUCCUCGUUUAGCAUCCCAUCAGGCAAUCCCUGCUGUGCAAAUGACAAUGGCUCAGCUGUCAUCUCAUGCUGGUAUUAGACCGAGUGUCAUUCAGCCACAGCCAUUUAUACAACUGCAGCAAAACCUUAUGGACCAAUAUAAUGAUGAAAAUACUUCAGGGCCAAGGAUUCACCAGCCUCCUUGUGAAAAAAGUUACAAUGCAUAUCCAGUUCAAGUCCCUUACGGAGGUAAUUAUGGUUGGAUUCAGGUUUCUCUGCCAGAGCAUGUUAUUUACCCUGAUGCAGUAUUACCUAGACAACAGGUAAUGAUCCCUGAGAAAGUCCAAAGAAUAGAGGACUGUUAUUUGUGUCAGAAAAAACUGCCUCAUGCCCAUUCAGAUCCAGUGGUUCAGGAUCAGCAUAAUAAUAGCUGCGCAGGUCAGAUUCCCAAUUCAAUCCCAAGUUACCACAGUCUACAUGUGGAGGACAAUUCAACAGCUCAAGCAACAAGUAGGGUUUUGGUAACUGCACCAUUGAAGGAAGGAAGUGUUGAACAAGCAGUUGGGACCAGACCCAGGGUCAUCAGUAAAUUGGAACCCCCAGGUGUAGUGCCUUGUACUGAAACAACUGGACUUCCUAUAGAGCCUGAAGGUGAGAGGAUUAUUAUGCUGGAAAGGUCUGAUCAUCCCAAAAAUGCUGUAGUUAUCCCGGAAGCAGUUGGAAGAACUGGUGAAAUACAGUCAACUAGGGACGGGCUGACGGGAACAGCGGCACCUUUGUCUGAUAUUGUCCGCCAGCAUGGAGCGCCAGUUGAAAACUGGGCUAAAGAGGAAGUGGUUGUGAAUAAACCUGUUAAUAAUGAUAUACCUUUUUUUUGCACAUCUUCUGAAACUUCCAAGUGCAUGGUUCAAGAAUCUCCAACAGAGUAUACUGAUAAAGUUGCUAGCACUCUUUCAAAAACAGAUGCUGUGGAUAAUUGGAUUGCACAAGAUCUUCUCAAACCUAUCGAUGGAAGGAUGGACACUCUCAAGAGAGGGAAUCCUGAAAUUUUUGUAAAUAAUGAUAACCCUCAGCAUGCUGUAGAGAAGACAGGGGCAGCUUUAGAUAACAACCUUGGCAGGUCAAAAUUGAUCACUGAUGCUCCAAAUCAAAUUAAGAUGAUGGAAGUUCUUCCUAGUUCUACUGUAGAAAUUUCAUAUGGGAAUAAUUCCAUGCCAGUGGAAUAUAAUGAGGUUGCACAACCAGCUGUUUGGGGCAUUAUUGGAUCAAAUCCUCAAUCCAAGAAUGGAAACCAUCACAAGGAUGACAUGCAGGAUUCUUCAAACUCACUUUUUAGUAAUCAGGAUCCCUGGAAUAUACGUGGCACCUACUUUCCACCACCAAGACCUAACAAAGUCGCAUCAAAGAAAGAAACUUAUUCUCAUAAGGAUCAGUUUGGUGAGAAUACAGGGAACACUGGGGAACAAAAUUUAGAAGCUCAAUUGGAUGAUGGCCUCUACCGAACAUUCAAUCAGAAUUCAACUUUAGAAGAAGCUCGAUGUGUCAAGGUCUCACCAGAAGAGCAGCAACUUCAAGCUGUUGCUGAAGGUUUAGCUGCUUCUGUUCUACACUCGAGCAGUUCUUCAAAUCUUGACUUGCAUGCCAGAGAUGCAUCCCAUCAUGAAGACAACAAUGAUGGAGAUGUUCAAAAUAAUCUAAUAGAUAUGCAGUGUAAUGAUAAAGCUCAGGAUGUCAGAAGCAAGAUCCCAGAAAAGGCAAACUUUGGCUUCCAAGCAUCAGAUGUUGGAGCACUGCAGGUUGAAUGUUUUCUGCCGUAUCAUGUUAUAAAGAAUGGUGACCUUGAAGAACUGAUAGAAUUGGGUUCUGGGACCUUUGGGACUGUAUAUCAUGGAAAAUGGAGGGGUACUGAUGUAGCAAUAAAGCGGAUUAACGAUAGGUGUUUCGCUGGAAAGCCUUCAGAGCAAGAGCGCUUGAGAGCUGACUUUUGGAAUGAGGCAAUCAAGCUGGCGGACUUGCACCAUCCAAAUGUGGUAGCUUUCUAUGGUGUUGUGCUUGAUGGCCCCGGAGGCUCUGUGGCAACAGUAACAGAGUACAUGGUUAAUGGUUCUCUGAGAAAUGCCUUGCAGAAGAAUGGGAGGAACCUUGACAAGCGCAAGCGUCUUCUAAUUGCAAUGGAUGUGGCCUUUGGUAUGGAGUACCUGCAUGGGAAAAACAUAGUGCACUUCGACUUGAAAAGUGACAACUUGCUUGUGAAUCUUCGAGAUCCACAUCGCCCAAUAUGCAAGGUUGGUGACUUGGGUCUGUCCAAAGUGAAAUGCCAGACUCUAAUAUCUGGUGGCGUGAGAGGAACUCUACCUUGGAUGGCCCCAGAACUGCUGAAUGGGAGCAGUAGCCUUGUUUCAGAGAAGGUUGAUGUAUUUUCAUUUGGCAUUGUCAUGUGGGAACUCCUGACAGGAGAAGAACCUUAUGCUGAUUUACACUAUGGAGCCAUAAUAGGUGGUAUCGUGAACAACACUUUGCGGCCUCCAGUUCCAGAAUCUUGUGACCCAGAUUGGAAAGUGCUGAUGGAGAAGUGCUGGUCAUCAGAGCCAUCAGAAAGACCAACCUUCACUGAGAUUGCCAGUGAAUUACGUUCCAUCGGAAGCAAGAUCUCUCCCAAAGGACAGAAUCAACAGCAGCAACCUGCUUCAUCUCAGAGUCAAGUGCAGAAAUAAUUUGCUACAAUGCAGGAUGCUUAAUCCCAUAUUUGUUGUGUCUGGUGUGUGUGUUUUCAUCCAUUUGGCGUAUCAAUGCAUUGUGCAGUAUAUAUACCAUAGGGAAGGUGUGCAAGUGUGAAGCCUAUUAGCACUACUGCAUAUUCUUGUAUUACACCCCAAACCUCACUGAACAUCAUGUGUCGUGUUGUUUCUUAGUAGAAAAAAAAAAGGCAAAAAUAGAUUAUUUUAAAUUUUUUAUAGUUGUAAAAAAUGGAUAUUCCAAUUUUGUAAAGAGUUUAGCAUUUUUAGCCAUGUUUUCUUCAAGUGAUUGAUUAUUGGUUAUUACUCCGGCAAUUAGAUUUAUGUGUGUGGGAGCCACUAACAGCGGAGCAUGUCAAAGCGUACCGUUGGAGUCGGCUUUAUCUUCCCGUUUUGUGUGGGUCAACAUGAAAUUGAAUUCAUAUAUAUCAUAUAAUUUCUUUC